CUAUGAUGCAAUAUCAGACUAUCAUCUCUAUCGGAUUUCAACGUCAAGACUGUAACCUGUACAAUUCGCUGUUCAAAGGCAUACCAAAUAGAGCUACGAGUAAGACUACAUCAUGCUGCCAUCCGCAGCGGAGGUUGUCGCCAAGUUUCUGAGGACAAAUGGCUACAACGAGACCUUAGCAAGCUUCAUUAAAGAGGCAGGUUUGGCCCCAGAUGUUGGUACAGCGUCUAGUAAUAUCACGAUUGAGCAAGUGCUCGAGGAGAAACAGAAGUUCGAUCUUAGCCUGAACUUUGAGAAAUUGGGAUUGGAACAGAGCCAUGGAUGGACAGAACCUGAACCACGGACAUCGAAUGUCGUCACCACUUUACCAACGGAGUCCAACAUCCUAUCCGUGCAUUCAAUUCAUGUGGUCCUUGAGGUAGCAACUGGACCAAAACAUUGUGUAGCCGUCACAACGGCAGACAGAAAGCUUCACCUUAUCGACCCAGCAACACCAGACCUUUCUCUACUUAAGACCUAUUCCGAUUUCCAAGAUUCGCCAUUGCUAGAUCUGAUUGUACUAGAGCAACGAUACCUCUUAGUAGCUUCUAUGUCGGGCAAGAUGACUGUCUUUGAUGCCUCUCAAGACCGUGUAGUGGAUGAACGAAGGGAUCACAAGAAAUAUGUUGUCAAAAUAAUCGCAUGGCCCGAAGAACAUUCAACAAUCAUUGCCAGCGCGGGUUGGGACUCGAAAGUACUUCUAUAUCGUUUCAAAACAGGUAGUGGUAUCGAUACGAAGAUCGGCGACCCAUUCGCGACCAUCAAUUUAACCAGCAUCCCUGAGUGUAUUACUUUCAUACCGGCCGUCGAUACAUCCCUUCCGAUCCUUUUGGUGACCCGCAGAGACUCGACAUUUCUCCAUUACUAUUCGAUACCUGCUGCAACGACGGACGCAGAAGUUUGUUUCCUUGGAAGGCAGAAUCUGGCACCACACUCUAAUGCAUGGGUGGCGUUCACACCUAGCGACGUCCAGAUCUGUCCAACCGAUCCGUCUCUAGCAGCCAUCGCCACCUCGAGCACACCCCACAUGAAGCUCAUUGUUGUGCGACUGCUUGUCCCACCAUCCUCUAAAGCAAUGCCAGACCUCUCUACUGAUCUCGAUGCGGCCACCACACAACGCACUGGUCUAGAUUCAUCACAGUCUCUGACACAGGCUGCAUUGGCACGGGCGGAGCUGGCGACUCAGAAUAGGGAAGAAGCAGCAAUCACUAUCAAUUGCAACACGAUGGCUACUCAGACGGCAUAUUCCACCCCGAAACUUGUGUGGCGCCCCGAUGGUUCAGGCAUCUACGUCAAUUCUGACGAUGGGAUUGUCAGAGGCUUCGAGGCCACAACGGGAAAGCUCAUGGCUAGCUUGAAAGCACACGGGGCAGGAUCGAAGGUCCGAUGCCUGGUAGCCAUCCCUCCAAAUCUGAAUGAAGAUGCUACGAAAGAACUGCUUGUCAGCGGCGGGUUCGAUCAGAAGUUGAUUGUCUGGAACUCUAAUUGAUGCACGUGGUACUUUCGGCCUUCCUCUUUUGACGAGUUCACUGCUCAUAUUAGGUAGUCUUCGUGAAAGUCCCUACGACUUAGAAAACCAAAGCAUGGAUUCUUCGAAGUCUGGCUUCACACUCUGAUAUGGCGUCGUAU